AUGGGGAAGCAUAACCAAAUUAAGACUGUGACAAAUAAUAAUAAUAACAAUGCUACUACUACUACUUAUAGCAAUGGAGUUACGAAGGCGAAACGUACACGAAGAAGCGUGCCAAGAGACUCUCCGCCUCAACGUAGCUCGAUUUAUCGAGGGGUUACUAGACAUCGAUGGACCGGCCGAUAUGAAGCUCAUUUGUGGGAUAAGAAUUGUUGGAAUGAAUCGCAGAAUAAAAAAGGGAGACAAGUCUAUCUUGGUGCAUAUGAUGAUGAAGAAGCAGCAGCACAUGCUUAUGACUUAGCAGCACUCAAAUACUGGGGCCAAGAGACAAUUCUUAACUUUCCGUUAUUGACCUAUGAAAAUGAAUGGAAAGAAAUGGAAAAUCAAUCUAGAGAAGAAUACAUCGGAUCAUUGAGAAGGAAAAGCAGCGGGUUUUCUAGGGGAGUAUCAAAAUAUAGAGGUGUGGCGAGACAUCAUCACAAUGGUAGAUGGGAAGCUCGAAUUGGCAGAGUAUUUGGCAACAAAUACCUAUAUCUUGGGACUUAUGCAACUCAAGAGGAAGCUGCGACGGCGUAUGAUAUGGCAGCGAUCGAGUACCGUGGAUUAAAUGCGGUCACCAAUUUCGAUCUCAGUCGCUAUAUCAAAUGGCUUAAACCUAAUCAAAAUGAUAACAUCAACAAUUUUAACGACAAAAAACUCCCUAACCCUAUCCCUAAUGUAAGCACCCACCAAUCUACCCCUACCCCUAAACCUAACUCUGACCAAGAUCUCGCACUAAGCUUCGUUCAUACCCAGCAAACCUACCAACCUUCAACCGCGAGCCAAAUUACUACACUAUUAGCAGAUCCGCCAAGGCCAGCAACCAAUGCCACGUCAGCCCUAGGGUUACUGCUUCAAUCAUCAAAGUUUAAGGAGAUGAUGGAGAUGACAUUAAUGGCGGAUAAUGGUCCUUUGACUCCUCCGCCGGAGUUAGAACAGCCCCAAUCUAGAUUCCCGGAAGAUAUUCAAACAUUCUUUGAGUGCCAAGAUUCAAGCAGUUAUGGAGACGGAUCGAAUGAUAUGAUUUUUGGUGACCUUAACUCAUUUGUUCCACAAAUGUUUCAGUGCGACUUCUGAUAUAUAAUAUAAGCAGAGGCGGAACCACCCUAAGAUCAGGGUCAAAUGUGGGUGAAAUAAAAUUAUAGAUCCGCUUGUAUAUAAGAUCACGAAUGUGUUUUCUUAUAUAUUAUAAGGAUCAAAAAAGACUUAACUAAUUGAUUUUAUCUAUUCUUAUUAGUUUAUUUAUUUAUAAUUAUUAUGUAUUUAAUUCUAUUGUGAAUAGGAUGAUGGGAUCAGAAUGAUUUGUAGCCCUCCUUAUGGUGGUGAAGGGAUAGCGUAGAUGUUUUAAUUUUAGGGUUUUUAAUGAUUUCAAAAAUUUAAAUAUUGUUAGUUUAUUUCUUUGUAG